UGGGAGGAGGGGCGGGGCCCGGGCUGAGGCGGCCGUGAGGGCGCUCGGCAGGGAGCGAGAGGCGAGUCCCGGUGCGGGGCUCGGUGCGGGACGCGGCCAUGCGGGGCCCCGGCGCGGCCAUGCGGCGUUUCCUCGGCCCGCUGCUGUGCCUCUUGGCGCUGCGGCUCCCGGCGGGUGGCGGCUCGGCCGCCCGCGGGCUGGACGUGGCUUCCUACCGGGAGCGGGUGCGUGCCAUGUUCUACCACGCCUACGAGCACUACCUGGAGAGCGCCUUCCCUUACGACGAGCUGCGGCCGCUGACGUGCGACGGGCAGGACACCUGGGGCAGCUUCUCCCUGACUCUGAUCGACGCCCUGGACACGCUGCUGAUCUUGGGAAAUGUUUCCGAGUUCCAGCGAGUUGUCAACGUGCUGCAGGAGGGGGUGGACUUCGAUAUUGAUGUCAACGCAUCUGUCUUUGAAACAAACAUUCGAGUGGUGGGAGGGCUCCUCUCUGCUCACCUGCUCUCCAGGAAGGCUGGGGUUGAAGUGGAAGCAGGCUGGCCGUGCUCGGGACCUCUCCUGAGGAUGGCUGAGGAAGCAGCUCGCAAACUGCUGCCAGCUUUCCAGACCCCAACUGGGAUGCCCUAUGGCACAGUGAACCUGCUGCAUGGAGUGAACCCUGGGGAGACCCCAGUCACCUGUACUGCUGGAAUUGGCACCUUUAUAGUGGAGUUUGCCACCUUAAGCCACCUCACUGGUGACCCAGUGUUCGAGGACGUUGCCAGGAAGGCUUUGAAGGCAUUGUGGAAAAAUCGCUCGGAUAUUGGGCUGGUGGGGAACCACAUUGAUGUGAUCACUGCCAAGUGGGUGGCCCAGGAUGCUGGGAUCGGGGCAGGGGUGGACUCCUACUUUGAGUACCUGGUUAAAGGAGCCAUCCUCCUGCAGGACAAGGAGCUGAUGUCCAUGUUUUUAGAAUAUAACAAAGCUAUCAAGAAUUACACCAAGUUUGAUGACUGGUACCUGUGGGUUCAGAUGUACAAAGGAACAGUGUCCAUGCCUGUGUUCCAGUCUCUGGAGGCCUAUUGGCCAGGCCUGCAGAGCCUCAUUGGGGAUGUGGAUAAUGCCAUGCGCACCUUCCUCAACUAUUACACGGUCUGGAAGCAGUUUGGGGGCCUGCCCGAGUUCUACAACAUUCCCCAGGGAUACACAGUGGACAAGAGGGAAGGAUAUCCACUCAGGCCUGAGCUGAUUGAGAGCGCCAUGUAUCUGUACCGUGCCACGAGAGACCCCACACUGCUGGAGCUGGGGAGAGAUGCCGUGGAGUCCAUAGAGAAAAUCAGCAAGGUGGACUGUGGUUUUGCAACUAUCAAAGACUUGAGGGACCACAGGCUGGAUAACCGCAUGGAAUCCUUCUUCUUGGCUGAAACAAUCAAAUACCUGUACCUGCUGUUUGACCCAGACAACUUCAUCCACAAUGACGGCUCGGACUUCGAAGUGGUGGUGACGCCCUACGGGGAGUGUGUCCUGAAUGCUGGAGGGUACGUCUUCAACACCGAGGCUCAUCCCAUCGACCCUGCUGCCCUGCACUGCUGUAGGAAGCGCAGAGAAGAGCAGUGGGAGGUGGAAGACUUGAUGAGGGAGUUCUACUCACGGAAGCAAACCAAGAAAUUCACUUUAAAAAGAGCUCCUGACCAUGGUGAAGGGGAAAAUGCAAAAGACUCGGAAGGUGCCUCUUCAGAGAAAGCUGGAGAGAAGAGGAACUCUAAGAAAAGCUCCCACUCCCUCCUGAGCUGCCCCAGUCAAUCUUUUAACUCCAAGCUUGCAGUACUAGGACAGGUCUUCCUAGAUAACACCUGAUCCUGUUUGCAUCAUUGGUUUAAAUUAUUGAACUCGUUUCAGAUUCUGGGAAUAUAUUUUUAUAGUUUCAUAAUGGAAAGUGUGGUACUUCACAAUGUGAAUUCUAUUAUGAAGUGAAACGACUUCCCAUUAAAUUCUGCUACUGCUCCUUUCUAAGCCAUGACUCAGAUACCAGCUGUUAAUGCUGUCGAGCUGCUGGUCUCAAAGCAGUUGGUUGCCUGAAUGUCAAACAGGUGUCCAGAAAAAGAAAGGUCUACAUGGUAAAUGUACCUUUUUAUUGCAUUUUGUGAUAUUUACAGGCGUAUAGAAAGAUACUAGCUUACUUUGUUCUAUAAAUAUGAGCCUGAGUUUCAUGUCAUAAGGGGAAAAGCAGGGAUUACUGUAGCUUCACUUCAGCUCUCUGUGUGCUCCUCUUUUAUUUCUGGCCACUUUAUAAACGUGUAGUUCAUGCUGAAAAAUUGCUGCCCAGUGGAGAAAACCUAUUUAUUUUGAGCUGAAGGCUCAGAUUUGUUGCUCUGGCAGUUCUGUUGGGCAUGAAGGAUGGUGUGGGGAUAGAGGAGCACUUGGGAAUGUGCCCAGUCCCUCUGUUUCAGAUCAGCAUGGGUUGGUACCUCCUGCCUGAAAACCACUUUUGUAAAUGUCCAGGUAAUGUCUGGACAAAAAACCGAGCUGGAGGGUGGACUAGGAAAUGUUUGAUUGAUGCCACAGUGUAGCUUGCUUUCCUUUUAAAGAAUGCUUAUCUCUUAUUGCCCCAUUUCCUUCCUCUUUCUAACUUCCCUUUGGUCCCCACGUAUUUCGCUGUACCUCAGGCAGUGCAGCCACCCCUGGGGUGCCCAGCUGAGCUGAACACGAGCCAUGCACAAGGCUGGGCUGGAAGGGGGCUGAGCCCAGGCUGAAAUUGCAGCUGUGCCUUGGUGCAGCAGGCAGCUGAACAGAUGUUCGUGAACCUCUUGGUGUUCAGCUGACUUGCACAUCCAAACCUGUAAAUACAUUGUUAGUGUCUUUGCAGCAGGUGUGUGCAGUGACCAGAAAAGGAGGGAUCAGUGUGGCCAAGAGGUUUUCUUUCUAAAGGAGAAACCAAAAGCAGGGCAGAAAAGUGAUGGAGUUUCUUCAAGCCCACUGGAAAGUGAGGAGUCUGGAGCAAGCUACAAUCAUUUGAGUGGGCUAGAGGUACAGGAGAAAUAAAUCCCUGUGAGCAGGGAAAUAUUUAAAUACAGCUGGACCAGUGCCCACUCUGUGCUGCUGUGUGGUUGCCUUGAGAAAGUAAUUUUUGUUGUUUUGACCUGUACUAAUGCUGUGAAGUUAAAUAAAAUUUGCAUUUUAUCCU